AUCUAAUGAAGGCGAGCUGAAGCCAAAGACAAGGCUGCGGUGCCGCAAUAAGCUCAUCGUCGACCGCAGCAGCACAGUGUCAGCGCAGCGCCGAGGUCAGCAUCUGGCCGCCGGAGACGCCGAGCUUGCCCGCGCUGUGCCCUCCAGGUGCUGGCCCGCGGCACGUCACGUGCGCCGCCCCUGAUGCCGCUCCUGGCCGCCGGGUCCUGCCGUGAGCGCUGCGGCUGCGGCGUGCGACGAUGUGCGACGUCCUCGUCAGACUUGAAAGCGUGGGAAGCGAGGCCGAUGACGUCGAGGGCCGCUGGUGCGGGCGGCAAGACCCCUGAGCGGCUGGCGCUGCGAGGCGCGGGGCUGUGCAUGCGCUCCGGCUUCGCGGCGCACGGCCUUCUCCUCCACCAUCAUCAACUUAGGCCAGCAAGACAUGCUCGACGAGGCCGUCGUCGUCGAGGGCUUCCACUCGCUGCUCAAGGCCAGUCUGGCGCAGGCGCGAGCCGAGGGCCUGCUGAGCGACGACGAGCUGGCGCGCGCAGAUGCCGAUGUGCAGAUCGCAGCGCCCGCGCUGGCGCUCUUCUUCGCGGCGCUGCAGGCGCGCGGCGCCAGCAUCGCCAUGCCCGACGGCUCGUUUGCGCUCGACGAGGGCAACUGUCCGCCUAGCCUGCGGCCGUACUUUGACGUAUGGGCACGCACCAUCGCGCCGAUCCAGGCGCUGCCGCUCGAGGCGCGGCACGACCUGGCGCUGCUGCUGUGCGAGAAGGCGGCGCAGAGCUCGCCGGCGCGCGCCGACGUCGUGCGCCGCCUCAAGGCCGACCUGCAGCUGUGUGCCAUGGAGAUCCUGCAGCGCGGUUCGUUCCAGCAGCGCUUCGGCUGGGACCUGCAGCACGCCCUUGACGCCAGCCUGCGCGAUGGAAGGAGCAGCGGCGAGAGCGCCCGGUCGACGACGACGUAUGAGCCCCCGCCGGGCUAUGAGGCUGGACCAGCAUCAACGUCGCAUGCCCACAACCAUCCGCAGGAGAAGCUGCUGCCGCCAGCUCCACGGCCACCACCGCUGCCGCCCCGUGGCCGCUCCAACAACAGCCUGUCAGCUGCGUCUUCGUCCUCGCGACCUGCAUCGCCCCUGCCGGCGCCGUCAGACACGCUCACGCUGAUCCGAGAGACGCUUUUCUCCGCCCUCGGCGACUGUAUGGCGACCAACCGGCCGCUGGCCGCACUCGUCGCCGAGGGGCAGCGCUCCAAGGAAGGCUACGGCGCGCGCUCCUUCUUUGCCGCGCUUUCGCUGGCCAUCCUCGACGUGGCACUGGAGCGCAUCGACCUCUCGAGCGCCGCCGGCGUGCCGUCUGCCUCUCCCGGCGCCGGCGUGCGCGUGCGCGCCGUGCAGGUGGGGGAGCACGACGAGCGGCCCACGAUCGACGCCGCCUCGUGUCCGCCGCACCUGCUGCCGCUGCUCGGCGCCCUCGGCGGCGUGGCGCGCGCCGUGCAGGCGCUGGCGCGCCAGGACGACGAGCUGGCAAUGCGCGAUGCCGAGCAAGGCCUGGCCACGGCAGACGGCUCGGCGGCGAUCGGGCGCGUGCGUGCGCGCCUGCUCGGCGCCCUGGAAGGCGUGCAGGCCCAGCACGCCGAGGUGGCAGACGAGCAGGUCGCGGGCGCGGCGCUCGCCAUCAACAAGCUUGCCAUAGCCAUGUUCGAGAUACCGACGCUGCGCGCCCGGCUCGCCGAGGCGCUGCAGGUGCUCGCUGCCGUGCACACGCUCUGAAUGCGCAGAGUCUGCCUUAGAUAUAGAUGUAGUUGUAUGAUACAGCGUGCGUCAGGUUGGGAGCGCAGGCCUUGUGGCUUGGUAUACCGCGGAAGCAAGGAGAGCU